UUGUUGGUGGCAUUCAGUCUCGUGGUUACAAUGUCGAUCUCCUAUGACCUCUACUCCGGAAUAGGAAUAAACGCGAGAACUGUGCCUCCGACUUGUUACGAGGAAUGUAACGUGACGUUCCAGAAUAAUGAAUGUAACAAAAUGUGUGUAGGGUUGGCUUAUAAAAAUGGUAGCUGCAUUGAUCCUGAAGGUGUUAAACAACCGAAAUUUUAUCGUUGUUGUUGUAACCCUAUAAUUCUUUCACCUCCUUCUUUUUAA